AUGAGGACCACCGGUGGCUUUCAUGGCCUGAAGAUGGCUCUCCCCUUUGAGGACCACUGGCUGUCCUCACGGAACCAGUGUGCCGGUUUUAAAGAUUUUGCAUCAUGUUUGGCAAGGGGGCUACAAAUUCGUAAACAUCCUAGGGCUAACAUCAUAAGCAGUAACAAUAAGAAAUCCAGUCUUGGGAUAAUUAAUGGUAAAUCCACUUCCAUUCAAAAAUGCCCAUUCAUGGUUGCCAUACUUAUGGAUAAUGAAUUAUUUACCUCAGGAGUUAUUCUCAAUUCUCACUGGAUACUGACUACUGCCUACUCUGUCUAUUGGAGUAACUCAACCAAGCUCUCAUUCCGAAUUGGCAGUACCGAGUCUGAUGAGGGAAGCCAGAUCUUCACUGUAGACCAUGUUGUAACCAACAAGAACUACACGGGCUCCUGGGAUAACGACAUUGCGGUCAUCAAGCUCAACAAGCCAAUCAAGUUCGGGAAGAACGCAAAACCCAUCAAACUUCGAACCAAAAAUCUCAAAUCGGGGACUAAAGGCUUAAUAGCAUCCGAAGAGUCGUCGCCUGUCUUGCUGGACACCAAAGUAACAGUUUACGAUUGGGAGAAAUGUCAAAAUAUUUACCCCGAUGACGUCACACCUAGACAGAUUUGUACCUACGACACCAAAACUGGACCUUGCGUUUUUGUCUGGGGAGACCCGCUGGUGUACAAGGGGGCGUUGUACGGACUGUUGACUGGAAUCAGCGAAUGCCUCUCUUAUCCGGUUGUUUACACGGAUGUGCCUGCUUAUCUUGACUGGAUCAAAAGUGCCAUAAAGGAGUGA